CUCGCCUUUUACGCACAUCCGCGGCGUGACUCAGCUGGCUGCCCUCUCUCAGUCUGAGCCUUUUUACGCAGGGCUGUCGCUGUGAUCUCACCCACUACUUCUCCAAACCUGCGCUCAUACAGCUGACUGACUCUCCUUUAGCUGUCAAAUAAGGAGGACAGGACAUGUUUGGGAUGAGAAGACUCGCCGGGUUGUCCGCGUGUUGCUGUCUGUUGAUGCUGAUUCAUUUUGCGCCUCCAGCAGAUGCAGCCCUUGCAUGCAGCUCCACUCAGUUCAAGUGUGGGAAUGGGCGGUGUAUCACCCGUAAAUGGGUGUGCGAUAGCAGUGACGACUGUGGGGAUGGAACUGAUGAACUGGAGGAAACCUGCGCAUCCAAAACGUGUCUGCCGUCAGAAUUCAACUGCGGUCCUCCCAUGAACAAGUGUAUACCAGGAGCCUGGCACUGUGACGGCAGAGCUGAAUGUGACAACGGAGCUGACGAGAGCAACUGCACGGCCAAACAAUGCAGCCCUGGUGAGUUUCAGUGUGCCAACGGCCAGUGCAUAUCCAGCUCCUUCGUUUGCGACACGGACAACGACUGUACAGAUGGUUCAGAUGAGGCUUCCUGCCCAAAGCCCAGCUGCAGCUCUGGUUCCUUUCAGUGUAACAACUCAGUGUGCGUGCUAGCCCAGUGGCGCUGCGAUGGAGAUGAGGACUGUGCCGAUGGGUCCGACGAGUGGCCGCAGACCUGUGUAGGAAGGGAGCCAAAGAAGCCAGCGGUGAGCUGCAAAACCCAUGAAUUCCAGUGUGCAGACAGACAGUGUAUCCACAGCUACUGGAAGUGUGAUGGAAGCAAUGACUGUCGGGAUGGAUCGGACGAGUUCAACUGCAGUCGUCCUACUUGUCGCCCAGACGAGUUUCAGUGUGAUGAUGGUGCCUGUAUCCAUGGCAGCCGCCAAUGUGACAAAAAGCCCGACUGCAGGGAUGGGAGUGAUGAGGCUGACUGCCACAAGGAAAAUGUAUGUGAAGGCCCCACCAUGUUCAAGUGCAGUAGCGGGGAGUGUGUCAGCAUGCAGAAAGUAUGCAACAAACAGGCAGACUGCAGGGACCAGUCUGAUGAACCUGAAGAGUGUGACAAGAAUGAGUGUUUGACCAGUAAUGGUGGAUGCUCCCAUUUCUGCAACGACCUGAAAAUUGGCUACAACUGCUCCUGCCGUGCUGGAUACAGCCUGAAGAUGGACCAGAAGACCUGUGAAGAUAUUAAUGAAUGUGCUGAGGCGGACACUUGCGGUCAGAUCUGCAUCAACCUGCCCGGCAGCUACAAGUGUGAUUGCAUGGAGGGCUACCAGAUCGACCCUGUGACGAAGACAUGCAGGGCUGAGUCAGGCACCGUACCCACCCUCCUCUUCACCAACAAACAUGAGGUGAGGAAGAUGACGGUGGGCCGCAGUGAGUACGUCAGUCUGAUAACUGCGCUGAAGAAUGCGGUGGCUCUGGACAUGGACAUGCCAAACAAGAUACUCUUCUGGUCCGACCUGUCUCUGAAGAAAAUCUACAGCUCCAAGAUAGACAUGGCGGGUAACUCCUCUUACCACACUGAAAUAAUUGGCAGUGACAUCGAAACCCCAGAGGGCAUUGCGGUGGAUUGGAUCCAUGGCAACAUCUACUGGACUGACAGCAUUUUGAAGACAAUCUCUGUGGCAACGACUGACGGCAGCAAGAGGAAGACCCUUAUCUCAGAGAACCUGCAGAAGCCAAGAGCCAUCACAAUCGACCCUGUGAAUAACUUUAUGUACUGGACAGACUGGGGUGAAGAGGCCAAAAUAGAGAAGAGUGGGUUGAAUGGAGCCGAUCGUGUUGCUUUGGUAACAGAUCACAUCAUGUGGCCCAACGGUAUCACCCUGGACAUGGUCAACCAGCGUCUGUACUGGGUGGACUCCAAGAUGCAUACUCUGUUCAGCAUUGAUGUGAAUGGAGGGACACGACACAGUCUCAUAUUCAAUGAGCAAAAGCUCGCUCACCCCCUUGCUCUGACUGUUUUUGAGGACAAAGUGUUCUGGACAGACAUGACCAACAGUGCUGUUUUCAGUGCUAAUCGCUUGACAGGGAAUGACAUCACUCAGCUGGCAAUGAACCUGGUCCAGCCAGAGGACAUCAUACUGUACCACAACCUCAAGCAGCCAAACGGUACAAACUGGUGCAGAGAGAGCAACAAUAUAAAUGGAGGAUGUGAGUAUCUGUGCCUCCCCGCCCCUCACAUUAACGAGCGCUCUCCUAAAUACACCUGUGCCUGUCCUGACCACAUGGCCAUGGGACCUGACAUGAGGAAAUGUGUGGCAGCAGCCUCAGUUGCCCCCCCUGCCAAAAAAGAAACUGACGCACCAAUCCCGCCUGAAGCUCCCACCAAGCCGCCUGCUAAACCAAGGCAGCCUGUCCCUACCACAACUACUACUACAACCAGGGCUACCAAAAAAACCACAACUACCUCAUCAAGCCAGCCCAGUAAACAGCCUGCUGCAUCAGCUCAAGGUAAAAUAUUGGCAGUGGGACCUGAAGAAGCUCCUUCUUCCCACCCUGUUGCUCUUUACAUCGUGUUGCCUAUAUUGGUCAUGGCCCUGCUGGUCUUUGGAGCAGUGUUGCUAUGGAGACACUGGCGUCUGAAGAACACUAACACCAUCCACUUUGACAAUCCAGUGUACCAGAAAACCACAGAGGAUGAGCUACACAUUUGCAGAAACAGCUCUGAUGGCUACGUUUAUCCUCAGAGGCAAAUGUUGAGCAUGGAAGACAUGGAUGUUGCAUGACCCAAAGAUGACGAAGACACUACCUUAAUUUGAAGUGAUUUUUGUUUUCUGAUGCAAACAUGAAGCAACAAAGGCCUUUUUUCCUGCUGCUCCUGCUUACCAGCCCCUUCCCUUCCCCCCAAGUGAGCUCAUUCUGUGGCUUAUGUUUCUGACCUCAACACUGUGCCGUCCAAGUCUGAAGAAAGUUCUGAAGUAAAAAAAAAGAAAGAAAAAAAAAGUUCUGUGAAACUUGAAUGAGAAAAUAGAGCAGAAGUACAGGAAACCAUGAAGUCAUACCACAAAAUGAAGGACUCAUAUACUGUAUGUUUCAGAAGAUGACGUUCUCAGUCCCAGAGACUUGACUCUUUUGAAGUGGUCUGAAAAUUGUCUUUCUUUUGCCACCAACACAUCGCCUCAAUGUGUUAAUUAAAGACACCGAACACGAGUCGUGAGUUUAACUUGAAAAGCCUGAUCUGUCUUAACACUCAUGUGUGCCUUCCAUCCACACUAUGGUAAUUUAGCAACAUUUUUAAGAUGUACAUAAAUGCCUUACUGAUCCCACUACCAUUCAAACCAGUUUCUGUGGUAGUUAAUGCUACAGUGCUUUAGCCCCAGGCAGUGAUGGCCUUCAUAAUUUUACUGUGGCCUUCUUUACCCCCAUGUUGCACAUUUUGUUAGUUCCCUUAUCUGAGACAUUUGUUUUUACUGUCAUCUUUUCUUUUUCCUUUUGUGACCCAUCUUCAAACAGGGAAUCUGAGUGUGCAGGGUCAGGGAUGGUUUACAUUGUAAACAGGAAAGCUGCUGCGUUUUCUGAAGUCAACCAAAAGGAAGAAAAUGCUCUUUUUUAAAAUGAAGAUUCAUUAGAAAGUGAUUGUAGUAAGUGAUUACUUCUUGUAACGCUGUAAAUAAUUUCUGUACAUAUUUUGUAAAACUCUUAAGUUUACUCUGGUGUUGCCUUUUUAAAUUUGUAAAUGGUAAUCAAGAAUUGUUGUAAAUAUGUAAGAGAUUCU